AUGAAUAUCCAGGACUUUCUGGCUUUCGACCCCGAGGUCAACAGCGACCAUGACAUGCCAGUCGACUUGCGCUCCCUUGACUUCGUCUCCAGCUACGACUCACAUCUGAUGUGCCCAAUCUGCCAUUGUCCUUUAAUUCAACCGGCACGCCUGCAAUGUGAUCAUGUGUUCUGCCAGAAAUGCCUUCGAUCCGCAAUCACCACCUUCCGCUCGGCCGAUUCGGAAGAGUUCCCGUGUCCCUCUUGCCGAACCCCCACCAGCCAGGUCUCGACGAACGUUCCCCGACUUUUAAUAAAUAUGUGCGACGAGAUUCAAGUGCGGUGUCCCUUUCUGGCGGAGGGCUGCCAGGAAAUCGUUCCGCGAGGCCAUGUCCAGUCGCACGUGGAUAAAUACUGCGGGUAUCGGCCCAUGCCGUGCCCGGAUGAGUCCUGUGAUAAGAUGACCCGGAAAAAGGAUCUUCUGCGGGAGGAAAGAUGCAUGCAUAGCUAUUAUCGGUGCUCGCGUUGCGAGCAGGAUAUAAUGGAACAAGACUACGAGGAACAUGAUAAAGAGCUAUGUCCUAGUCUCGAAACGACCUGCGUGGAUUGUGGGACUACAAUCCCGCAGCGAGAGCUGAAAAAACAUAUUGAAACUUGCGCCGAAGUUGUAAGCUCUUGUGUGGCGUCCAAAUACGGUUGUACAGCCAAGAUCCGACGGGCAGAAAUCGCAACCCAUGAACAGUCUUGUCCACUAGUCUCUAUCGGACCAUAUUUCGAGUCCCAGAACACCCGGCUAAAUUCUCUUGAAUUGACAAUGCGACACCUCCAACAAAGAAAUGAAAUAUUCGAGGACGGACUUUCAAAUAUCCGCUCUAAAUUGCUCGAGUCUGCCCGCGCGAGUGAGGGGCAUCGUGGUAGCGGUAGAGCUGCUGCUGAUGGCGAAAGAGGCGGGCAGAACCAGGUUGACGACCUUGAUGACUCGACGAACUCUUCAAACGUCUUCUCAUCCAAUGCCACGACAUACCUUCUCUCGCUCCAUGAAUCGUUGCGUGAGGAAGUCAGUCAAAUGUCACAUGCUCUCACAGAUCUCGACGCUCGUGCUAGCAUGACGAUCAUGAAUGAAUGUCUUCGGAUCAAAGAGGAUAUGGCUCACACAAACGCUGCUGUCAACAGCGUUCGUAUGCAAGUUCAGUGGCUCAUGAAUCCCCGUCUUCACAAUGGUGCUCGAGCAGGAGGCAUGCGCACUAAUGCCAGCACUUCUGGUACAGAAUCGCCUCGCUCGCAGUUGACAUCAACUUCCGCACCGGGGCCUAGCCAAGCCGCCGGCCCGUCUUUGGGACCACUUCGGCCUCGGAGGCCAAGCGAUAGUGGGCGUGAAGGAACAAAGCUGUAA